AAUAUUAUAUUAUAUAUGUAAACCAAUAGCCGCCGACGUAUAACGAGUUUUAAAACCCAACACUCGACACCGGCUAUAUAAUAAUAUAAUAUUACAUUAUAUAACACACACACACACACACCGUAAGGUUAAACGGCAGUAAUAAAAACCAAAAAACUGAUAACGAAUGGGUAGGUUGUUUUUUCUUUUUCCGCCGUCGAACGUGAUGAAUCAUAAUUUAUAUUUGCUAUAAUACUUAAUUAUCGUGAUGAUUGGCCUUGUGUCUUUGAAAGUAACACAAUAACAAUACUAAUAAUUAUAAAUGAUAACCAACACACCGGUUUGCGCAACGUGAGAGCUAGUUGACGUCGAUAAUGUACGAGUCGUUUGCCGUGCUACCUACGUAGGAACGACCAUGAUGAUUCCGGACACAUGGUGCAAACUGUUGGCUUGCGGCGUUCUCGUCUACUGGUUCGGCUAUUGGCUUUUCCAUUUGGCGGCUAUUUGCUACGGCAAGUACAAACUGCAUCGGAUUAAAAAACAACAAACUGACGUCAAUACGGUCUCAGUUGAGGCCGACAAAGAUUACCCCGGAGUCAGUAUAAUAAAACCUAUGGUGGGCGUAGAUCCCAAUUUGGCCGACAACCUGCGCACUUACUUCACGAUCGACUAUCCCAAGUACGAGGUCCUUCUGUGUGUACAAGAUAGUAAUGACCCGGCUAUUCAAGUGGCCACUACAAUGCUUGAAACUUAUGGGUCAAGCGUAGACUUGCGGUUGUUAAUAGGUGCUUCUGAUGUCGGGGUAAACCCUAAAAUAUGUAACAUGCAUCCUGCAUACAGUCAAGCCAAAUAUCCGUUUGUGCUCAUCUCGGAUAGUUCCAUAAAGAUGAGAAGAGACACUCUCAAGGACAUGGUUGAUUGUAUGCAGAACGAUGUUGCUAUUGUUCACCAAAUACCGUUUACUUGCGAUCGUAUUGAAGAUAUCCAUAAAUCCGGCAUUCGUCAAAGGCGUUUUGUCGCCACACUAGAAAAGGUAUUUUUCGGCACAGCUCACGCUCGAAUUUACCUAGUGGCUGAUCUUAUAAGAGCCGUAUGCCAUACGGGCAUGUCCAGUUUGAUAAGGAAACGGGCCUUGGACGAGUGCGGAGGAUUAGGCGCUUUUGCUCAGUAUCUGGCCGAAGAUUAUUUUAUUGCGCAACAGUUAGUCGAACGUGGUUGGCGUACGACGAUUAGCGGACUGCCAGCACUUCAAAAUUCUGGAACGUUGGAUUUGUAUAGAUUCCACGAUCGUUUGAGAAGAUGGGUCAAGCUGAGAGCCUCCAUGGUACCUUACACUAUCGUGUUGGAACCGAUGUCGGAAUGCCUGAUAUUGGGCGCUAUAGCAGCGUGGUCCACUCACUUGCUGGUGCCUACUGUCGAUCCGUACGCGUUCUAUUUGGUACACACGCUUAUAUGGUUUCUACUCGAUUGGAUCUUGCUUAGAACUAUACAGGGAUCGCCGUUGCCUUUCACGCGUGUCGAGUACUCUAUCGCUUGGCUGUACAGAGAAUGUCUAGGACCGUACAUAUUUUUAACGGCCCUGUUGUGGAGGCCUAGAAUAAUACGGUGGGCUGCUCGUACGUACAAAUUACGAUUGGGCGGCAUCGCCGAAACGGUAGAUACCGAUCUGGAGUGUACAAACAUUCUGACCAACGUCGUGAUCGAACAACCUCCUAAAAUCAAAGUCUAAUUCCGAAUUUAUUAUAACAUAAUGUAUUUAUUUUAUUAUUACUUAUUAUUGUUGUUGUAACGAGUUAAAACAAAAAAAAAAAAACCUGUAUAUUUUUGUACAUGUAUUAGUCUACAAAUUCAUAUUUUUUUUUACAUUUUGUACGACUUUAUAUAACAUACACACACACACAUACACAAGGUUAUAUUUAUUAAAUUUUGUUACCUAUUAU